GGUGUCGCCGUCAUCUCCGUCUCCAUCGUCAUCAUUGGGACCUAAAUGAAUUUAUUCUGUUGCUGCUGCUGUAACAUGGCACCAAAUACACGCGUCACACGCAAAUGGGAACUAUUUGCCGGACGUAAUAAAUUUUAUUGUGAUGGUUUGUUAAUGUCUGCUCCUCAUACGGGCGUAUUUUAUUUAACGUGCAUCCUGAUAACGGGGACAAGUGCAUUAUUUUUUGCCUUCGACUGCCCUUUUUUGGCCACACGUAUUAAUCCCAUUAUACCCAUUGUUGGUGCUAUUUUGUACUUUUUUACUAUGAGUUCCUUGCUACGAACGACCUUCACAGAUCCCGGUGUUAUACCGCGUGCCUCAUAUGAUGAGGCUGCCUAUAUAGAAAAACAAAUUGAAGUGCCAAAUUCCUUAAAUAGUCCCACAUAUCGACCGCCACCACGUACAAAAGAAGUCCUUGUCAAAGGACAAACGGUGAAACUGAAAUAUUGUUUUACAUGCAAAAUCUUCCGACCGCCUCGUGCUUCACAUUGCAGUUUAUGUGAUAAUUGUGUUGAUCGUUUUGAUCACCAUUGUCCUUGGGUUGGCAAUUGUGUGGGUAAACGUAAUUAUCGCUUCUUUUAUCUGUUUCUAGUCUCGUUGGCUUUUUUAGCCGUGUUCAUAUUUUCAUGCUCUGUGACGCAUUUAGUAUUAUUAAUGAAAACAGAACAGGAAGUAUUCGAAGUCAUCAAAAAGGCACCAUUCACCGUAAUUGUGGUUUUUAUCUGCUUCUUUUCCAUUUGGUCUGUGAUCGGUUUAGCGGGAUUUCAUACCUAUUUAACCACCAGUGAUCAAACAACAAAUGAAGAUCUCAAAGGUUCAUUUUCUUCCAAAGGCGGCCAACGCAAUUUAAAUCCAUAUUCCAGAGGGAAUAUUUGUUUAAAUUGUUGCCAUAUAUUAUGCGGUCCCAUGACACCUUCAUUAAUAGAUAGACGUGGCAUCGCUACCGAUGAAUACAUUUUACAAAUGCAACAACAUUCAAGUCCUCGCCAUCCCCUCAGUGAUGUGAUAAGUGCCACACAUGUCAGCAGUGGUGCCAUGAUCACAUCACAACCCAUAAUUGGUGGUGCCGGUGGUGGCAUUAGUAUAGGUGGUUCCGAUCUCAAGUCACGGUAUUACGACGAGUCGAAUACCUCAUCGUCAGCCAUGGAAGCUGGGAGUGCUGCAACGGCCGGCGGCGUUUAUAGGCCGCGCAGCUAUGACAAUUUACAAAACGGUAAGUCACGCAACAAACAUCAUCACAAAAAACAAAAACAUCAGCAUCAAAAAUGUUCACUACAAACACUACUACCACCUGCUCAUCAAUUCAAUAACAAAUACCAAAAACAACAAGAGCUUCAGCUGCAUCAUGAUACAACGCCCAGUGCAUUGGCCACACCCUCGCUGAUGCACUCACCGGCCGUGUCGUCCUAUCGCUUGAGUCUGAAGCGUUCCCUGCACCUGCCCCUGUCACCGUCGUUCGAUGCUCGCAACUCACCGCUGCCUUUGUUGCAUCAUCAUCCGCAUCACCAGCCGGCCACGACAACGGUGGCCACAACAACAGUCCAACCUGCCCUCACGCCAGUAUCGGCCACGGGAGUCUCAUUGCAAUCGCAGCCAACGCAUCAGCAGCCAAAACGUCCCUCGACACUGCAGCUACAGGCAUCUGCCGCACCCUCGGCCAGUACCACGACACUGACCACGAUUCACACGACGGGACCCACAGCGCCUGCGCCCACAGACUUCAAAUACUAUUCACCGCAACGCAGUACGGAUUCGAAUCUGCUGCGCAACUUCCCCUUCAACAAGGGGCGCGGCAUGCGCCGCCAGUCCACGCAAUCGGUUGACUCGCAAAAGGUUGUCAUACCCGGCUACCAGCCACUGCCGAUGCGGCCGCGCUACAAGCAUCAGGACGUCAUGUUCGAACUGAAGUCGCCCACGAAUCGCCUGACCAUCCGUGAAUGUGAUUUUGGUGGUGGCGGUGAGCCAUGUGACGACGAUCAAUCCAUUAAAGAUAGCCAAAUAUUUCGUGUUAGUAAAAGAAAUCUUUAUAUGAAUCACCGAUCACCCUGGAAGGAGCGUGAUCGCUACUCGAAUCUCUAUGAGUAUUCAUUUAAUAUCGAUCUUAAUUCAAUUAUAGAAGAUGCGGCGGGUAGUGAUUCGUCAUAGUACGAAAUCACCGGCAGCAUCUUCUUGCCCGCAACAGUAUCAACGAUGGCG